AUGAGGUGUGUUUGUAGGAAUUGGUGCAAUAAUUUAUUCAAAAACCCCCAUUUUAUAGAAAUACAUCUUCAACAUACUAUUACAGUGAAUAACUUUAAUCUUCUGGUUAUCAAUCAAAAAACUGACCAUAGUAAACCUACCGAUAUUUACAUUUGUUCCGUCGAUCACAAUGUUUUAUCAUCAAAAAAUUUGGGUAAGGCUGUUGGGAUUGAUUAUCCAUUUAUGUCUAAGAAAUGUGCAAGUCAACUUAUUGGUUCUUGUAAUGGCUUGGUUUGCAUUGAACUUUAUGGGAAAAUUUGCAUUUGGAACCCAUAUACAAAAGAAUACAAACAAGUACCAGCAACCCCAAUUGAGUCUCCUUCAGCUGUGGCAAGUUGUAUACAAAUGUCAUAUGGGUUUGGUUUCGAUUGCAAGAUUGGUGAUUACAAGUUGUUAAGGAUUGUGGGUUUUGCAGAUAAUGAAGUUUCUGAAGCUAGAAUUUAUACGUUAAGAUCGAAUUCAUGGAAAAGCCUUGGAUUUAUUCAGUAUGAUUUUUCUUGGGACAGAAAUCGCGGUCAUCUUGUUAAUGGUGUUCUUUAUUGGAUUGCAGUUGCUCGCCAUUCUGAAUCCAAAGCCUCUUGCGUGACAGUGUCCUUCGACAUCUGUAAUGAGACCUUUCGUGACACAUCAUUACCUGUCAACUGUUGGAUUAACCAUGGCAUGUCAGAAUUAGGUACAUGGGAAGGAAAACUCUGCCUUGUUCUUAAGCAUGAGAAGGAUGAUGCUGCUGUGUGGACGAUGAAGGAUCACAGAUUGAGUAAGCAUAUGAACAUUACAGAAGAGAUAGCAGAUAUGGUACUGGGUAACAGAUUAAACGACCAACGACAGAGAUCAAUAGUAUAA